AUGAACAUUGCAAACAUACCAAAACUUCAGAGUGGAACCAAGUUGCAGGUGGGAAAGCACCAGGUCACUAUCAUCAAAUACAUAUCGGAGGGCGGUUUUGCUCAGAUCUAUGAAGUAAGCAUUGACUACCCGGAGAAUGAAUCCAAGACUGCUUGUUUGAAAAGAGUAAUAGUUCCUGACAAAAAUGGCUUAGAUCAAUUGAGGAAGGAAGUCGAAGUCAUGAAGUGCUUACGAAGCGCUCGGAGCAUUGUUUCAUAUUACGACUCUCAUGCGGAAAGACUAGACAAUGUCAAUUAUCAAGUGUUGGUCCUUAUGGAGCUCUGUCCAGGGGGAUCCUUGUUGGAUUUCAUGAAUGCAAGGAUCAAGGUAAAGUUGAACGAAGGGGAGAUUCUCAAGAUCAUGUUAGACGUUUGUCAGGGAGUUUACGAAAUGCAUCGAGCACAAUUGAUCCAUCGUGAUAUCAAAAUUGAAAACGUUUUAAUUAAUAAGCAAGGAAGUUUCAAACUUUGUGAUUUUGGAUCCACAUCUGUCCCUGUCUCUCCUCCACAGGAUCAACAACAGUUCAAACUUAUAAGCCACGAUAUUCUUUAUCAUACCACGCCUCAAUACCGUUCACCUGAAAUGAUUGACCUUUAUAGAGCAAAGCCCAUUGAUGAAAAGGCAGAUAUUUGGGCUCUUGGUUGUUUUCUUUUCAAAUUGUGCUACUACACAACACCUUUCGAAGCAAAUGGAGAUAUUGCAAUUUUGCACGCAUCAUUUCAGUUUCCUCCGUUACCACAGUUUUCUGGAGACUUGAAAAAUUUGGUGAUCAUCAUGCUUCAAGAGAAUUCGUUGUACCGUCCAAAUAUUGUUCAAGUAUUGAUGUUGAUUUGCAAAUUGUCAAGCAUAAAGUACGAGGCACUUGGAUUGAAGGAUUUUUAUAACCUAGGACCAUACAACUUUGAAACUUUGCAGGAGUAUCAACUCCAAAAGCAGAAUCAAUCUUUGCAUGAAAAACAACUAUAUGUGCAGCAACAACGCAUGAGGGAUCCAAUUGAAACCCAUAAUCCACUCUUACCUCAAAUUCAACCUGUUAAGGAGCAAGCUACGACUGUCCAGCAACAGAAUCCCCAACCAUCGAAGCUGUAUGAAAGUGUUACGGAACCAUCGGCAGCACAUGAAGAUAAGUCCGAACGUAGAAAAAUCUCAGAUGGUAACGCCAAUGCAGAUGUUAUGGUGUCUCCAAACUCCCUUAUUGGUUUUAGUCUGGAUGAAAGUGACGAGUUUUCAGAACUAGAGCAACUUGAUGACGCAGAAGAAAGGUACCCUUCUUUGGAACAUAUUGGCAAUAUUGACAAAUCAAAUAGUGUUUCUUCAAAGGUGUCAAAGGGGUCAACAAAUUCAAAAGUUGGAGAGAUAGCUACAGAACAACCUUUAACAAACCCAAAGAGUAAUUUUCACCAUACUGAAGCGUGGAACGCACAACCUGCUAAAGUCGAGACACAAGCAGAGAAAUUGGCUGAUGAUAUAUUUGCCACGGGUGAGACGUCGAAUACGGAUAAGGAUAGCUUUACUCCGAGUCGAGCACACCCUUCAGAUUCAUCAGAUGUGAAAAGUGGGUACAUUUCUGACCCCGCGGGCCAAUAUACAAGUAGCCACACGGAGAGUAACACCAAUAUUGUGACUUCAAAUACAGGCACCGACAUUCGUCAAGCCCCAAGGCCCGUCAAUUUCACAUCAUCAAAGUCUGCAAACUAUGUCAAGCCUGAUGCUCAUAAAAUUAAUAAUCCCUGGGUAAGUAAAGACUCAAGAGGUGCAGCCCAGAUUGCUACCAGCCCCUCGGAUAAUAACUAUCUUCCAACCGCAUCUUAUUCAAGUGCGCCUUGGGUUGAACAGCCAGUUCCUCCACAGAAGGGUGCAAUAUCCCCAGAAGACGUUAGAUCUCCAACUUUGCCUGCGAGGUCACAGUUUGCUUACACAAACACUCAGCAGAACAUAGUUGCAGACGGAUCCAAUUAUAUACCACAGCGCGAGAAAAACUUAAUUGACCUUGAAGUCGGUCUUCCUUCUUCCAAUACAUCUUCCUCAGAGUUAGGUCUGAAUAAGCCGAUGCGUUCGUCCCAAAAGAACGACUCCAACUUGUCUUUGAUUGAUUUAAAUAUCAAUGAUGAGAAAAGAGACAAACAGUCGGAACAUAAGCUGCAAAAUCCAACCGCCCUGAAGUCUGAAAAGCCGGUAUUCAAAAAGCGCAUUCCAUCCUCAUCAAAUCAUUCUCAAUUGGUUCUACAAGAGGAAGUUAUUGAUUUUGCGUCAGAUGACGAGAAUCUCGAUAAUAGCUCAGAUAUGAGUAGACUUAAAAUUCGAAAUUCAUUGAAGAAACCCAAGGGCCGCAAGUCUAGUGAAAUGAAAAGACCUGAUAGUUUGCAAGAAUCUAAGAAACGUCAUUCGUUUUUUGGUGGAUCAUAG